UAAAGAGAAACGAAAGAAGAGUCGAAUAUAUUCAGAUCCCUUCGUCUUAUUUCUCAAAUCACGCAUAUCAUCAAUACGACAAACCGGUGAUCUAUAAAUCAGUCACUUUUGAAUUUGUUCGGAUAUUUCCUUUUUUUUUCAUAGUGAUUUUGUUUACGAUGGAGGAAUUGCUGAAAUAUUUACACAAGAUUAGAAUACCGCAGAAAAAUGAUAAAAUAUAUAAGGAUGAGUGUGUUUAUUCCUUUGAUACUCCAGAUACUCCUACUGGCCUGUACAUUAAUCUUACCACGUUUUUGGGAUUAGGUCAAGAUUAUAUACAACAUUAUUAUCAAUUAACAGAAAAUCCUGUGUUCUUGCAUAUUAAAAGAAGAAGAAAAGAAAUUCCUUCUAAAUACCAAGAUGGCCCUGAAAAGAAAAUUACUAGAUUAGCAAUAGGAACAGCAGAUGGAUUUACACCGGAUCAACAAAAAUAUACUUACCAUGAAUCCUAUCAAAUUAUUAUUCUACCAAAUUUUACCACAAUACCUUAUCCAACGGAUAAUUUACCACAAGAAGUUGAAGUUGCAAUUAAAUGUAUAUUGGAAGCAGAAUCUGCAACAAAAAUAGCAGAAGUAGAGGCAUUAGCUGGAACCUGGGAUGGAGAAGUGAAAGCAGUUUCAAAACAUGCAGCAAGUCUUAAACAAUUAGAUAAUGGAAAGAAGAUACCACCUAGUGGAUGGAAAUGUGAAAAAUGUGAUUUAACUCAAAAUCUCUGGCUUAAUUUAACUGAUGGUAGCAUUCUCUGUGGACGUAAAUUUUACGAUGGGACAGGUGGAAAUGAUCAUGCAGUUGAACAUUAUAGAGUUACCGGUUACUCGUUAGCAGUAAAAUUAGGAACUAUAACGAAAGAAGGAAAAGCAGAUGUAUUUUCAUAUGAUGAAGAUGAUAUGGUAGAAGAUCCAAAGUUAGUAGAACAUUUAGCUCAUUGGGGUAUUAAUAUUGCCCAAAUGGAGAAAACUGAUAAAUCUAUGAUAGAACUCGAAUUAGAUCUCAAUCAAAGAUUUGGUGAAUGGGUUGCACUUCAAGAAGCAGCAAGUAAAUUAACACCUUUGUAUGGUCCUGGGUAUACAGGACUUGCUAAUUUAGGAAACUCUUGUUACUUAAACAGUGUGAUGCAAAUGCUAUUUGUGAUUCCAGAUUUUAUUAAAAGAUUUGUAGAUGGUGCACCACAGAUAUUUCAGCAGAAUUACAUUGAUCCAGCAAAUGAUUUUAAUGUUCAAAUGGCUAAACUUGGAAUUGGUUUACUUUCUGGUAAAUAUUCUGUCCCACCAAAUACAAAUCAGGAACAUGAAUCACGUCAAGGUAUUCCGCCACGAAUGUUUAAAACGUUAGUUGGUCGUGGACAUCCAGGAUUUUCUUCAAAUCGACAGCAAGAUGCGCAAGAAUUCUUUCUUCACAUCAUAAAUAUCAUAGAUCGUCACAGUCGUCGUCAAAAAAAUCCUACUGAUUGUUUUAAAUUCCAAGUUGAAGAAAGAUAUCAGUGUAGCUGGUCUAACAAAGUAAAGUACACUUAUCGUACUGAAUAUUUAUUGCCACUUCCAAUACCUGUAGAAACUGCCGUAAAUAAGGAUGAAGUUGCAGCUUAUGAAGCAUUAAAAAACGAAACUGAAGCGAAAGGACAAAAACUGGAUUCAAAUGCUCUUGUCAGACCACGCAUAAAACUAUCAUCCUGUUUGCAAACAUUUAUUCGGCCGGAAACAGUAGAACAAUUUUAUAGUUCAGCUUUAAAUGAGAAGACAACAGCGCAAAAAACUACUAAACUUUCUACUUUUCCGGAUUAUCUAUUAAUCCAUUUAAAAAAAUUUAUGAUGAAAGAAGAUUGGACACCAGUUAAGUUAGAUAUAGCAGUUGAAAUGCCAGAUAUAUUAAACUUAAAUUUUCUUCGAGGAUUUGGUUUGCAACCCACAGAAGAAUUACUGCCGGAAACAGUUGGUGCCGCACCUCCGCCAUUUGUUUAUAAUCCCGUGAUAUUUAAUGAGUUAACAGAUAUGGGAUUUCCACAAGAAGCUUGUAAAAGGGCACUAUAUUUUACGGAAAAUUUAUGCUUAGAAGCAGCUACAAAUUGGCUAAUGGAACAUAUGGCGGAUUCAGAUUUCGCAGAUCCGUUUGUACCACCUGGAAUUGAUGUUAAACCAAAAAAAGAUAAAUUUAUGGCAAAUGAAGAUGCUGUGGCUAUGUUAAUGGGAAUGAGUUUUACGAGAGAACAAGCAACAAAAGCGCUUAAAGCGACUGAUAAUAAUUUAGAACGUGCAGCAGAUUGGAUUUUCAGUCAUCAAAAUGAACUGGAUGCUUUAGAGGUUGAAGAUGAAGCAAGACAUUCCAAAGAAACAUUUAGAGACGGAACCGAUCAAUAUAAAUUAGUAGGAUUUAUAUCACAUAUGGGUACAUCGACAAUGGUAGGACAUUAUGUGUGCCAUCUUCUGAAAGAUAAUCGAUGGGUGAUCUAUAAUGACGAUAAAGUUGCAUUAUCUGAAAAUCCACCAAAAGAAUUAGGAUAUGUAUAUCUAUAUCAACGUAUUGAUUAGAUCAUACAAUUAUUUUGUAUAAAAAAUGUAUUCUAUUACACUUCAACAAUAAAAAAUAUAAUAAGUAAG